AUGGAGCAUAAGAAGACAGCAGGACGCCAAAAAAUUUCAUUGGCAAAAAUAGAGAAUGAAUCUGCUAGACUCACCAAAUUCUCUAAACGUCGUUCUGGCUUAUACAAAAAAGCUUGUGAACUUGUUAGAGAAUGUGAUGUAGAUCUUGGAAUUGUUAUGUCUUCACUGAAAGGUAUACCUUAUUCCUUUAGUAGUCCAACCUCUAAUGUGGUCAUUGAUCGUUUUAUAAAUCCUACAGCAAAUUUAAGUUCAAGUGACCGUCUUGUUGCUGUAGAAACACGCAAAAAACUAGAAAAUGGAGCUUCAUCCUCCUCACAAAUUCCAUCAGAUGAUGCAAAUAUCUCACCAAAUGUCUUCUAG